UCAUAUCUUGCUGCUAAAACCCUUAAAACCCUCUGAAACUUGCAAUCCAAAAGCAUCUCCCAGAUCUCAAAUCUCUCUAAUGGCUUCCGCCUGCAGACAGUUGGCCAGCAGAGCAUCCCUCUCGUCCGUCCGAUCAGCCAUCAGAUCCAACGCCCCCAAAUCCCCAACCUCACGCUUCUCCCUCCCUGCCUCGGCUGCUCCCUCCUCCGCCCCAGCUCGCGGCUUCUCACUCACCAGGUCUACGGGAGUGUUGGGAUGCUUACAUUCGCUCCUGCCGCUCCACAGCGCGGUGGCUGCGGCGAGGCUGACGUCAGCGCUGAGCACAACGUCGAGGAGCUGUCGGGCGCUCUCACAGGGUACUCUCUGCUGCACCUCUCCCAGCCUCUAAAAAAAAUAUUUGCUUCUUUUUCAAUUGCACAUAAUAUCCAUAUGCUUGAAAGAAAUAAAUUGGACCCGCUAAUUAUGGCCUGCCGCUCAUUACCAAAUUAGUAAUGCACGAUUUAAUCUACGAUGAUGUUAUGAUGAGUUUCAACUUGGAUGUGGUACAGUUUAUUAUCAUCAAGCUACAUCGGUUUUUAGCCAGUAUAUGUUGAGACUUGAGACAUGUAUUAGUAAGUUGUCUAUAGUGUUUGUAUGUGCGCCAUAUAAUAUAUGUAUCUGUAUCUUAAAACCCGGGAACCUUAAGUAAUUGGCUAAGUUAUUUCUGAUAUGGCAAAAUGUUACAGCUUGAUGCAAACAUUAUAUAUUUUGGCAUGUUGACUUCAAUUUGCUGAACUUAUAUAUUCUUUCUAAACAAGUAGAAGUGGUUUGAUAACAUAGC